CGGGCCGUGCGGAGGCCCAGCGGAGCGGCGCCGCCAUGUCGCAGGCCGGCGCGUGCCAGCCGCCGCCGGACGAGGACACGGACGACUGCCUCCGCGAGUACCGCCACCUCUUCAGCCCCGACAUCCUGGCCGGCAAAGUGGCGUUCAUCACCGGCGGCGGCUCCGGCAUCGGGUUCCGCAUCGCGGAGAUUUUCAUGAGGCAUGGCUGCCAGACCAUCAUUGCAAGCCGGAGCCUGCAGCGAGUGUUGGAGGCCUCAAAAAAGCUGGUGGCAGCCACAGGCCAGCGAUGCCUGCCUCUGUCCCUUGAUGUCAGGCAGCCCCAAACCAUUGUGGCAGCAGUGGAUGAGGCACUAAAGGAGUUUGAGCGGAUUGACAUCCUUGUCAAUGGUGCUGCAGGAAACUUCCUGUGCCCAGCCAGUGCCCUGUCCUUCAACGCUUUCAAGACAGUGAUGGAUAUUGACACUGUCGGCACCUUCAACACCUCCAAAGUGCUCUUUGAGAAAUGCUUCCGGGACCAUGGUGGGGUCAUUGUUAACAUCACAGCAACUCUGAGCUACCGAGGGCAGGCCCUCCAGGUGCAUGCUGGUGCUGCUAAGGCUGCUAUAGAUGCCAUGACCCGUCACCUUGCUGUGGAGUGGGGACCCAGCAAUAUCCGAGUGAACAGUCUGGCACCAGGCCCCAUCACAGGCACUGAGGGCUUCCGACGCCUGGGUGGGAAAUUUGCUGAGAAGGCAAACUACUUUGAGAUGAUCCCCCUCCACCGCGCAGGAAACAAGACGGAGAUUGCUCACAGCGUGCUGUACCUGGCGAGCCCCCUGUCCUCCUAUGUGACAGGCACCACCUUGGUUGUGGAUGGUGGGAGCUGGCUGACCUCUGCCAAUGACUUCCCUGCCUUGCUGGGUAUUGCUUCAUCCUCUGCUAAACUCUAGAUAUCUGGGCUGCAGGAGCAAAUGCGAAUCAAUGAUGGACAGCCUGGGAUUGACUGAUGGACAGGAACGUAACCAAACACUGCUGCUCUGGGACAUCUCGGGGGUCACAUCACCUGGAAUCGGACCUGAUAGCUGCUGCUUCUAUUGAACAAGCAACUGGCGGUGAUGAUGCUGCUUAUCCUGUGUCCGCCUGGGGGAGGGAGCACCAAGGAUGCUGGGGGGGGAGCAAGCCUACCCCAAUUCUGUGCUGUUGUCUUCUGAGCUGACAUGGCUGAGAUUGCAAGGAUAGAGAGGCGUGCACAGGCUGUGACAGUCGCUGUCCAGUUCAUGUGCCCCUUCAAGUUCUCCUGGCCUUUGCCGAGUCUCAGGCAGUGCUGCCCCAGGAUCUGUAUCCCCUUCCCAGCCUUUCUCCUGUGUCAGAGAGCUGCUCAAGCUGCCCAGCAGCACCACCCCCUUUUGGGAGGAGAUGUACCUCAGCCUGUUGUGGGCUGAGCAAAGCCGUGUAAUUCCUCACUGUCACUGCUCGCUGCGCAUCUGUGCCUUGUCCUUCUGCAGGAUUAGCAUCAGCGCUCAGAGCAUCUCUUGCUUUGUAACGGGUGCUGGCAGCUCUCUGAGGGCAGGCAGGGACCAGGCUGCUCCCUGGCCCCUGGCAGGAGCAGAAAUGGCUUUGUAACCUCCUGUGACGCUAGGCCAAGAGCAGGUUUCUCGGUGAGGCAGUGGUCUCUUGAGGCUGGCACAGAUGCAGCUGGGAUGACCGUUAUCCCAGGAACAGAGAUGGCAUGUGUAAGCCAAAGCCAACCAGAACGUGCUCUGCACCACUGUGCAAACUGUAGAGAUGUCCGGCUUGCUGUCAGCCCUGAUCCAUCUGUCACACUGGUCCCAUGCUGUCUCCUUUCUUAGUACAGACACUACAGAUGCGGGUAAAUCAAGGGCAUACUGAGAUCCAGCUGAAAUUCAGGCCUUUCUAAUUUGGCCACUGAGCUGACAAGCUGCAGGGGGCUACAGCAGUUCUGCACUGGGCUGCUGGAAGCAGACCUGUUCCCUGUGCUGGAGCCUCGUGGGGCACACACUUACUGUGUGCUCGUGGCUCUGCGCUGCAGUAAUCAGUGUCCUGCUGCUGCUGACAAUCUUUAAGCUUCUCUUGAAUUCUAUGAAAUCUAUUUUAGAAAAUUGUAUUUCUUACUUGAUUGUAGACUUGACAACUUUUGCUCCUUCCUCCAGGCCGUGAAUAAAGAACUUCCAGUCAUCUGUGA